AUGUUUAUAAGAGAUACGAUUAAUUGGGUAGAUCGGUCAUCCCCUCCGAGCUCUCCAGUCUUAGAACCUAAAGAAGAUAAAGUAUCAUCUCCAACACAAGGAAAUAGCUCUGUGAGUGAAUACAUUAAGAUGAUUAAGCAAUAUGCUAUUAGCGUUGGCAAGGAUUUAGAUGAUAUAGACGUUAAAGAAAAAUUCCUUGUUGGAUUAUCACCUGAUAAUGAAAAGCGUGUAGAAGAGUUUGGGAUUAAAAAACCUUUGUCUGAAAUUUUCAAUUUCUUAGUUAAGUUUUGCAGUUCAGCAAUUAAUAAGAGUGCCAUUGUUCAUGAAUUAUAUUCGCAGAUGAGAGCAUGUGAUUUAACUGCAAAUCUAUGGGGAAUAAAUCAAUGA